UCUUUUUCUGCCCUUUCAGCAAAUUCAAAGAUAACAUUUUUACCCCCAUCGCAAGAACCCUAGCUCCUCCCCCGACUAUCUUCUUAACUUCUUCUCCAAUUAGACAAGAGUUCAUUACAGAUUUUAGAAAAAAAAAUUUACUUCAUUUCCCUGUUCCUUUGGAGAGUGAAGUCCUUUUCUCUUUCCUUCCUCACAAUGGCUUCCUCGCACUUUCCUCGGAUUUGUCUUUUCGAACAUAACGAUGUUUCCGACAGCUAUGCUCCCGACAGCUGCGAUCGGCUGAGUGAGUUACCCGAUUCCUUAUUACUUUUGAUUCUUUCGUUUUUGCGUUCGACGAGAGAUGCUGUUAGGACAACGAUUCUGUCCAAACGCUGGAAAGAUCUGUGGACCACCGUCCCCUGCCUUGAGUUCAGAGACGAAAACCCAGAGUUUAUUUAUAGGGUUCUUGCACAAUGGCGAGGUGCCAAGCUCCUGAGGUUUCGUCUUAGCCUUUAUUGGGGGGUUUCUUCACCUACAAGAGGCGAUCUUGAAUCGUGGCUGCUUUUUGCGGUGGAGAAACAAGUGGAAGAGCUCCAUGUGGAUUUGGGAUCUGAUAUGCCUUACUACUGCCCACCUCAGAGUUUGUAUUCAUGCUCCUCCGUUACAGCACUACACCUUCAAAAUUGUUCCUUGGAAAUCGAGGGGAGCGUGCAGUUGAAUCAACUCGAGACUUUAUCAAUUGACGCUCCGGCUUCCCCGUGGGCUGACGCCAUAAACAAAAUUCUCUUGCGCGCCCCUCGCUUGGAAAAUAUGAGUUUGAGUUCCGUUGAAAUAAUUGAUGGAAACUUCAAUAUCACAUCUCGCAGUUUGAAGACGCUCAUAAUCCGCCAUGCUAAAAUAAAGGGAGUGAUCACGAUUUCGGCUCCUAAUCUUUUGACUUUACAAAUUCACGUAGACAUUUAUUAUGGUGCUAGUUUUUUGUGCCAUGUCCCUUCUUUGACUGAAGCUUGUUUUGAAGAAUAUUAUGGUGCGAUAGAUCUGCCUCUUGAACCGUUCCAUCAACUUUUUAGAAGCAUCUGCCAUGUUAAGAAGGUCACAUUAACGGUGUUGACCAUUAAGUUGCUUCUCUCCCUGAAGAAGAAGCAAGAAGAAGAAGAAAGAUAUGGUUGCUUCUUUCAGAAGAAGAAGAAGAAGAAGAAGAAAGAUAUGGUUGUUCAGUUUCCAAAUGCUGAGGUUCUAAAACACUCAAGCGUACGCAAAUAUGUUGGUCUUCUUGAUGUCCUUGAUCUUCUCCAGUUGUUCCCAAAGUUGAAGAUGUUAUGUUUUCAUCGACUAAACCAGGGGUUAGAGUUUUUUGAUCCCAUCAACGCUGAGACGGCAUUCCCCAGUUCCUCACUGAUCCAUCUAAAGAGAGUUGAUAUGAGUUGGGCUGCUCACGACCCCUCAAUAAUUCCAUUUAUAGGGAGUCUCCUGCAAAACGCUCCCUCGCUCGACGAGAUGGUGUUUCGUCUUAAAAAGCGUAGAGAUAAUCAUGAGGUGUUGUUGAUGGUCGAAGAGAAGGUGCGAAGCAUGCCAAGAUCCUCCCCAACUGCAAAGGUUAUUAUAAAUCGAAGGUUGAUCAAUUGAUUAAAGC